UUAGAAAAAAUAUUUCUUUAAAUGAUAUAUUUAUUAAGAUAACCUAAAUUUGUACCUUGUAUAAUCUUCUCUUUUUCGUAUUCGAAAUUGUUUCAGGAUUUUCACUUCAUUUAAAUUAUUAUCUGCUUGCCAUGCUAUAAAAUCAACUUUUUUUAACAAUUUCUGUUCGUGGUAUUUUAAUUUUCUGACCAUUUUCGUUAAAAACUUUUAUCCUGAGUACACCACGCGAGAAAGAUAAUGUUUUGGUAAAACUAGUCAAUGGUAAGACAGGAUAUAUUAGGUUAGAUUGCUGAAUAUUGAUAUUGGAAGAGUCAAAAAUAAAGAUAUAUGACUGCAGAUUAUAAUGAAUAAAAAACAAAAUAAAGCAGAACCAGGUGAUGGUUUACGAAGUCUUAGAAGCACAAUGAUGUUUCGUGCAGUUAAUUAUGAAUUAUAUGCUAAACCGAAUAAAGUAGUAAUGAUUUUUGGAGCUGCAACAAUGUUAAGUUGUGUGGGAUAUAUUUUGUAUAUGCGACAAAAAUAUGAUAGUACACAGUACUAUAAUGCAAUAACGGAGGAUGGAUCAGUUGUUUUAGAAAAAAAGACAUCUAAAUGGGUUGAUUGAUCUAAAUUAUUUAAUGUAAAUGAACAACAAUCACAUAAUUGUUUAUAAUAUUGUAUAUAUGUUAUAUAUUAAUUUAUGAGUACCUCAGUAAUUUUUGUUGACUACUAUUUCAUUUAUGCACACUUUAGUGAUAUGUAAAUAAACAUAUAUAACAAUUAUUUUACAUAUUAUAACAAGUA